UCUAGUCGCUAGUUAUGGCGCUGUACAGCUGCACACAGCCAAUUUAUGUAGGGGCAUGAAAAGAACAGACAUACGCCUCGGAAUAACUCAGUCCACUUUGUCAGAAGCUUAACGCCCAUAAUGUGUAGGAGUACCUGCAUAUAGUCCUGGCCCCUUCAUCACCAGAUAACGGCAGAUAACAGCAAGAUAGUUCGACAGAUUGUCAAGAUGGCUACAGCUGAAAGCCUGAAGGACGACCAUCUGACAUGCAGCAUCUGUUACCGACCCUUCACAGAGCCGAAGACGCUGCAGUGUCUUCAUACUUUCUGCCAUGAAUGUCUGCAGCAUCAUAUCAACCAUGGCAACCACAUCCGGGGAAUCCCAUGCCCUGUAUGUAGACACGUGACAGUCCCACAGGACGCGUUUCAACCACGUCAGAAGUGGGCGGGGCUCAUCAAAACAGAUUUCAAACUAGCUGGGAUAUUGGAAGCGUUGGGUCAAAUGGAGAAAGAUAAGAGGGCUCACUCUGACGCUAUUGUAGUGACGGGAUCACCAAGUCACUUUAGCGAUCGUAAAUCGCAACUGAACACUAUGCUGCAAGUCCUCAGACCUGCUGUAAACUUCAUUCAGGUUAAAAUUGACACAGAGAAAGAGGCCAUCAAGACGAUGGAGGACACACGUCUCGAAACCGAGAGUGACAUUAAAGCAUAUGUCGAAAACUUGAUAGGAGACAUCAAGGGAAAGGAAAACGUCCUAAUCAAAGACCUUAACAAUUCUUAUGACAUAAAGAAAACUGAAAGUGAAGAAAACGUGAAACGUUUUCAGAAGCUGGUAGAGGAAACACAAGAUACCAUUGGUCUGAUUGACCGCCUUUUGUCCCCUGGAUCGGAGUAUGCUACCAUGGAAUGUCUCCCACGAAUUCAGAAGCAACAGGAAGAUGUCAUGAAGUUUGUUACUGAUCCACCAGUCGAUAGUUGUCCCGUUCUGUUUUCAUUUCAGGGAAAUAUCAAGAACGUUCAGUCCUUAAUGAGUAGCCUGGAAUUAGGAUCGAUAUGGUCAAACUCAGAAAGCGAUGCCAUGAAUGCGGUUGGUGGCCUUGAGCCUUGGAAGAACACCCCACAACCGGAGAAGAAGGUUUCAGCUCCAGCAAUGCAGAGGUAUAACGUACCCGCCGUCCCGGAAACAUCAGAUCAGAGGUAUAACGUACCCACAGUCCCGGAAACACCAGGCCAGAGAUAUAACGUACCCAGAGUACAGGGGACUUCAGACGGCGAAGCUUCAUCAGACAACGGUGCAGAUCCACCACCUCGUCCACCUGAGCCUGCAAUCACAGUUCAGAUUCCGACUGAACAACCACAGAAUCCAUCCUACGUUCUUCAAAGAACAAUAAACACAAAGCUUAUGAUGAAGACAACUAUGAUCCUGAACUUAGGAACAUCGUUAUCCUCCAAGGGAAAACUUCACCUGUGAUAUUAAUCCUUGACUAUGACAAUGCAAGUUUGAAAUCUUUCUACGAAGUUGAUGGCCAGCCCAAAAGUAGUUCCCAUCGAUUCAGCGGUUAUCCGCAAUCUAUUGCAAAAUUGGCAGAAGAAAGAGUCAUUGUGAGUCUUAUGAACUAUAAGUUUUUCGUGUUUACGUCAGACCUUAGGCAAGUGAAUAGCAUUGAGAGCGAGAAGUGGUACACGUGUAUGACGACAGUGACAACACAGGAGAAGCUCCUGGGCUUCGUCAACACAACGACCACAACGAUAAUAGGUGGAAGGCUAACCGUGCUUGAUCACUUAACGCUGAAGGGAAAACCAUCAAACAAGUUCAUCAACACGGCACCGCUGGAGGGAAUGUUCACUGAAAUAUCCCAUCUGUGUUCCACGCCAAAUAACAACAUCAUCGUCAGCGACUGUGCCAACCACGAUGUCACCUGCAUCUCAUUGGAAGGUAGUCUUCUGUGGAGAGUUGAGCCGCGUGACCAGGAACUCAUCUGGCCGGUUGGAGUUGCCUGUGAUUCCAGAGGAGAUGUGUUCGUUGUCGAUAAGGACAAAAACUGCAUUGUGAAAAUUUCUGGUGAUGAUGGUGCUGUUAUUGGUGAUGUUGUCACACGAGAUACGGGUCUUCAGAACCCGAUAGCUCUAUCGCUGGACGCUGCUGACAAAAUCUACGUUGCACAGGCAAAUGGGAAAAUACGGGUUUUUUCCUUAUAGGCACGGCAGUAUUAAUUGGAAACAGACCCCUACACGAUAUACAUGGAUCUUUAACAAAACAGUGCCAUGACUGCAAGGACUGCUCUUCGCCAUCAUGUGAACCCAAAAUUAUAUCAAAUGGACAAGAUGCGAUAGGAUGUAAUUCCUGUAUAUCUGACCAACUGAUACAUUGGUCAGACUGACAUCAGUAAAUAUCAACAUUAUGUGCUAAUGUUUCAAGAGGAAAUGGAUAUCGAUGACAUAGGGAGAGUGUGUAUUAAUUAAUGAACAGUAACUUAUGUACCUUGAAUUUUUAGAAACAGAUUUGUCAGCGAUGCGCUAUGAAAAUUAUACUGGGGAUGUCUUAUGGUUAUUAAUUUACAUUUCCCACUAUGCCAGUUUUCAAUCUUUCAAUAAAUUUAUCACUUUC